UAUAUUUAAUGGGUAGGGCUUUCCUAACACAAUAGAUAGGCUCUCUCUCUCUCUCUCUAUCUAACAGUCUAAGUGUCGGCCAUUUAAGCGAUUAUUUUAUUGUUUGCUAUUUUUGUGUUGAAUUAACAGCAAAAAAAAAAUUACCGCAUAUUUGUAUUACCGUUGAAGACAAGUGACAGUUUGACAGAUGACUGACUCACAAUACGGUUAUUCGUCCGGCAGCGCACCGGCCGCCGGCUACGGCACCGGUUAUGGUUCGUACGGCGGCGACUCGUACGGCUCAUAUUCGUCAACCGGUGGCGGCUCCGCUGCACCCAACUAUGGCUCGGCUGCCGCCGGCAAUCCCUAUGGCCAACAGUCUGGCUAUCAAUCGACUAACGAUCAAUACUCAUCCUAUUCAUCGCAAACCCAACCAUCUCUUUAUUCCGAUGGCCAAUCUGGGCAAUCAAGUUAUUACACUACUGGAUCCACUGCCGGUGGAGCACCCGGUGCUGGAGGCGGUGGUGCCCAAGGCGCUGGCUAUGGUGCCGGCAAUAGUUAUGGCAACUCGUAUUAUACGGCCGGUGGUGGUGCCGGAUCGCAUCCCGGCUCCGGUGCUCAGACAAGUCAAAGUCCGUAUGGACAGUAUCAGAAUUCGGGAGCCGGCGGUCAGUAUGGAAGUGGCCAAACCGGUUCCUCAUUGGGUGGUGGCUUCGGCUCACUUUCCGGUGGCGGUAUGCCUGGCGGUCCACCAUCUGGACCAUACGGAUCAGGUGGUGGUGGUGGCGGCGGCGGCCCGAACUCGCACUAUGGCGGAGGUGGUGGUGGUGGCGGCGGCCACGGAGGUUCGGGAGGAUAUCACGAUGGUCUCGGCAACGGCGGUGGCGGCGGUCAUAUGAGAGGUCCGCCCAAUAGUUUCAGAGGAGGUCAUGGAGGCGGCGGCCGAAAUUCCGGCCCCGGGUUUAUGAAAGGAGGACGGGGUGGAUAUGGCAAUGAUCACUACGGACAGGUAGAUAUAAAUCAAGAUACGAUAUUUCUCUCUGGACUACCCGAUGAUGUUAAUGAAGAUCAAUUGUCGUCACAUUAUGGAUCCAUUGGUAUGGUUAAGUUGGACAAGAAAACUGGUAAAUCAAAGAUCUGGAUCUAUAGAGAUAAAUCUACGGGAAAAGGCAAGGGUGAGGCCACACUUACCUAUGAAGACCCAGAGGCUGCCAAAUCAGCCAUUACUUGGUUUAACGGCAAAGAAUUUCCCGUCGGCACUGGUCGACUCGUUAAAGUAGAGUUUGCUCAGAGAAAGUCUGGCGGUGACAGAGGUUUCGGUGGUAAUGAUUUCCGAGGAGGUCGUGGCGGCGGUGGUGGAAGAGGUGGAGGUGGUGGUCGCGGAGGUGGCGGCGGCGGCCCAGGUGGACAUCGCGGAGGUCCCGGUGGUGGGGGCGGCGGCGGAAGCAGUAACGACCAAGGCCGUCAAGGCGAUUGGCGGUGUCCCGAUCCGAACUGUAAUAACAAUAACUUUUCAUGGCGUAAUGAAUGCAACCGAUGCAAAGCCCCCCGACCUAUGGAUGAUGGAGAUAUGACUCCGGAGGUCGUUGAUAGCGGUGGCCAUCGACGUGGUGGCGGUAUGGGCGGCGGACCAAGAGGUGGCGGAGGCCGUGGAGGUGGAGGUAUGCGAGGAGGCGGCGAUCGAUCGCGUGGCGGUGAUAGAGGCGGACGCGGCGAUCGUGGAGGAGGACGUGGAGGCGGAGGUCGCGGAGGACCACCUAGAGGUGGAAUGGGAGGUCGAGGACCACCUGGCGGUGGAAUGGGAGGACCUAUGCGUAGUGGAGGACCACUCGAUCGGAAUCGACCGAAACCCUAUUAAACCAAUAGUUUAAUAUCUCUCUAUAAUCAACAAUCGCUAAUUUAAACGAAACAAUUUGAUUAAUAGUUUUCCAAACAACUCAUUGUUUAAUAUUAUUUUUGUGUUUAUCUUAUUAUUAUUUUUUUAUAUCAUAUAUGUGAAUGAAUCGAUGAAAUGAGUCUUUAAAUCAUUUUA